AUGGCAGAUUGGGUCCCAGGGACCAGGUUAACGGUAGAGCUGCACUUUUUGGGGGGGGGGGGGGGCUUUUGGACUCGUAUGAAUCGGUUCCCGGAGCCCGGUCUCAAUUGCAUAGGUGUGUAUGCUGAUGCUUGA